UGCAAUGUCUCUAGCUUGGGAACACACAAUUGUCAAAGCAUACCAUAUUACAUCUACUGCUGUAUUUUGGGUUUCAUUGCAUGCUCAGUGUUCCUGAGAAUGAGCUUUGAGCUGAAGAUGCUCCUCCUGUUCGCUUCCUUCAUAGUGUACAAUGUCAUUAUAUUUCAUACACAUUCUGCCUUGUUCAGAAAUGCCUUACCACCGGGCAACAGUUCUGUGGGCAUUAUGGAAGACCUGCAAAUUAUGUCCUGCUUCUAUCUGUCUUUAUUCUUUCUAAUAUUAGUAUUAUUGGCAAGUCAGGUGAACUAUUACUCCAGAUUAGACUGCUUAUGGAAAAAGAAAUUCAGAAAAGAAGAUGAAGAAAUUGAAACCAUGGAAAAUCUGAACCGGAUUCUCUUAGAA